AUGGAUAAGUCGUGGAUUUGGCUUCCAAGGAAUAGCCACGAGUAUUCAGAAGGAGCAACUAAUUUUGUGAAUUCGUCCGCAAAAAGAUUGGGAAGUCUGUCUGAAAUGCUAUGCCCUUGUAGAGACUGCCGCAAUCUGAGCCAUCAGUCACUGGAUAAAAUUGUGGAGCAUUUGGUGAUUAGGGGUAUGGAUAAGAAGUAUAAGAGUUCUCGUUGGAGUAUUCAUGGAGAAAAAAGAGAUUCUGCAGAAGACAGUGUUCUUCAAUAUGAAACAGAGGCGUUUGAUUUGUUUAAGACAACAUUCUCCAUGGACGAAGGUGGUCCAAACCCGACAACUGACAACGAAGACGAUGAAGCACCAGAGGAAAUUGAGUUUAAGAAAAAGCUCAGAGACGCUCAAACGCCAUUAUACUCGGAUUGUCUCAAGCACACAAAGGUUUCAGCUAUCAUGGGACUUUACAGAUUCAAGGUUAAAAGUGGUGUGUCGGAGAACUACUUUGAUCAGCUGUUGGUUUUACUUGAGGAUUUGCUACCUGAAGACAAUGUUCUUCCCAAGAGUUUAGCUGCAAUCAAGAAAUUUCUGAAGAUCUUUGGGUUCGGCUACGACAGUAUUCAUGCUUGCAAGAAUGAUUGCAUAUUGUAUAGGAAGGAGUAUGAGAACCUAGAAAGCUGUCCAAGAUGCAAAGUUUCAAGAUGGGAAAUGGAUAAGCACAGUAAUGAGUUAAAGGUGGGGAUUCCGGCAAAGGUCCUUAGAUAUUUUCCAAUCAAGGACAGGUUUAGGAGGAUGUUUAGAUCACAAAGGAUGGCUGAAGAUCUGCGUUGGCACUAUACCAAUGCCACUGAAGAUGGUACAAUGCGGCACCCUGUUGAUUCUAUCUCUUGGGCACAAGUGAAUGCUAAAUGGCCAGACUUUGCUGCUGAUCCACGGAAUCUUCGACUUGGGAUUUCUACAGAUGGGAUGAACCCUUUCUCCAUGCAAAGCACCAAUCACAGCACAUGGCCAGUGUUGUUAGUGAACUAUAACACGCCUCCAACCAUGUGUAUGAAGGCUGAGAAUAUAAUGCUGACUUUGUUGAUCCCUGGUCCUACUGCUCCUGGUAACAACAUUGAUGUUUACCUAGCACCACUGAUAGACGAUCUAAAGGAUUUGUGGGCUGAGGGUAUUGAAGUGUAUGACUCAUUUGCGAAGGAGAACUUUAAUCUCAGAGCCUUGCUGCUUUGGAGUAUCAGUGACUAUCCAGCCUUAGGAACACUGUCUGGAUGUAAAGUAAAGGGGAAACAAGCCUGCAAUGUAUGUGGAAAGGAUACACCUGCAAGGUGGCUUAAGUUUAGCCGCAAGUUUGUCUACAUGAGUAACAGAAGGAGACUACCGCCUGGCCAUCGUUACAGAUAUAAAAAAGCUUGGUUUGACAACACUGUGGAGGAAGGGAAUGCUAAUAGGAUACAAACAGGCGCUGAGAUAUAUGAGACACUACAAGCUUUUACGAAUGAUUUUGGUAGACCUCUAGAGAAGGAAAAAAAAAGGAAAAGACUAGAGUUGGAAGAUGAUGAGAGGUUACAAGAAGAAGAGUGUGAAGAAUCAAAUGAACUAUGGCGGUGGAAGAAGAGAUCAAUAUUCUUUGAUCUACCUUACUGGAAGGAGUUGCCUGUUCGUCACAAUAUUGAUGUUAUGCACGUAGAAAAGAAUGUGUCCGAUGCUAUAUUGUCUCUGUUGAUGCAAAGUGCGAAGUCAAAAGAUGGGUUGAAAGCAAGAAAAGACUUAGAAGAUAUUGGAAUCAGAAAGCACUUGCACACAGAGGUGAGGGGAAAGAAAACAUACUUACCUCCUGCUGCCUACUGGUUAUCGAAGAGAGAGAAGACCAUUUUCUGCCAAAGGUUAGCUAAGUUUAGAGGCCCUGAUGGUUAUUGUGGUAAUAUUGCGAAUAGUGUUUCAGUAAACCCUCCAAAUAUUGGUAGUUUAAAGUCGCAUGAUCAUCAUGUCUUAGUACAGAACUUGUUACCAGCUGCAUUAAGAGGGUUGUUACAUAGGGGUCCUAGGAUAGCCAUAAAUAGAUUAUGCAGUUACUUCAACAGGUUGUGUCAGCGCAUCAUUGACCCAGAGAAAUUUAUAUCCAUGGAGAUAGAGUUUGUGGAGACAAUGUGUCAGCUGGAGCGCUUCUUCCCUCCAGCCCUUUUUGAUAUCAUGUUUCACCUUCCACUACAUUUAUCAAGAGAGGCACGGUUGGGAGGACCAGUUCACUUCCGAUGGAUGUAUCCCUUCGAAAGGUACAUGAAAACACUAAAGGCUUUUGUUAAGAAUUAUGCAAGGCCAGAAGCAUGUAUGGCUGAGGCGUAUUUAGCUGGAGAAUGUGUUGCAUUUUGUUUAGAGUUCCUUAAAGAAUCAGUACCAGUUCAAGAAGCAGUUAAUCGUAAUGAAGAUGUUGAGGCUGAUAGAAUGGUGGUUGAAGGCCGACCUCUGCAGAAGGGUAUAGAGAUUCAUUUAGACUCAAAAGAUAGUCAUUCUAAGGAGAUAAGGUGGUUGGCAUUUGGACCAAGAAAUGUUGCUUUAGCACAUAAAGGAUUCAUCAUCAAUGGCCAACGGUUUCAUACUGAUGCGGUCAAGCUGAAGACACAAAACAGUGGAGUAACUUAUGAAGCCUUUAGCAUGUGUAGAUCAAGUGCAAGAGAUAUGAGACAGGUCGCGGAUAUGAUUACAUACUAUGGAGUGAUAAAGGAGAUUUUGGUCAUCGACUAUCACAUGUUCAAAGUGCCACUCUUUAGAUGCAACUGGGCAAACACAGCGAAUGGUGUGAAGGAAGAAGAUGGCUUCACUCUUGUUAACCUUCAUAUGAACCAAGCAGCCUAUUUGAAAGAUCCAUUCAUUCUACCUUCUCAAGCGAAACAGGUUUUCUACUCUAGGGAGGAUGAUGCUUCAAAUUGGUAUGUUGUUAUGAGAGCACCAUCUAGAGGUUAUCAUGAGUUGGAAACAAAAGAGGAUUUAGGUGGUGCUCCUUUACCUGUCCAAGAAGUUGAUGAUAUGGGUGAUGAUAUGGAUGAUGAUAGUGUAUAUGUUAGGGAUGAUUGUGAAGGUUUAUUAGUGGUAGAUUGA